AGUUUUGAUAGCUGAUGCUUAGAUUUUUCAAAACAAUGAGUUAUUUAUUGGUGGUUGACAGCUUAGGGAUCUAAUAAUUCGUUGCAUACCGAUAAACUAGCGCCACUCAGGGCUUAUGCGACCUGAUAAUAUAUGUCAAUAGAUAUAUCUGAGAUAUCUCUAUCUGAAUGCUAGAGGCCUAAUCAAUGUACUCGAAAUUAUCGUCGUUUAUUACAAUGACUUUAUGCAAUAGUUGGUAAGAGGCGAUAGCUUUUUUCCGUACCUUUUUUUUUCAUUGGUUUUUUCCAUUCUUCGUCUGUAGACGACAUUGUACUUUCGCGUUAUUUUUAUGAUUCGUCCUCUCUUUCAUACAUACGACACAGAGAGAUGAAAACAGGCGAGUUUUUUUGCAUUCUUCGUUUGUCGAGAAGACAACGUUUUUUUGUUCCUUCGCACUGUUAAUCCUCUCUUGCGUACAUAUGACAUAAAGUGAUGAAAAUAAGCGGAUUUUUUCCCACGUUGUGUCUGCAGAUAGUGUUGCUUCUUUUGUCUCUUUGUACUAUUCAUUCUUUCCUCCCACACUUGCUAUAUAAAUUGGCAGAACCAAUCAUAAAAAAAUGAAACAAAUAGUAACGAUAUUAUUUAUCGAUUGUUUAGACAUUUCGAAAUUUCAUUAGUAAAUGUAAUUUCUUUAUUAAGCUAUAAUUAUUACAUAUUAUAUUUUAUUGCAAAAUCAAAGGUAAGACUUUUCGAUUUAUAUUCAAAUAUUCUUUUUUCUAUAAAAAAAGGUUUUGCUUUUUAUUAGUGAUAUAUAAUAGUAUAUAUCGGUUUUAAUUAAAUGAUGUAUUCUGUAGAAGAAAUAUAUCAUGAUGCCGAAGAUUCAUCAAUAAAUCUUAAUUUAAAUUCUGAAAAUAUUGAAAUUAAAAAAUAUCGCCCUAAUGAUAUAAGAUCUAUUGAAAUAUUAAAAAAUGAUGAUGAUGAAUGUAAUAAUAAUGAUGUAGAUGAUAUAGAUGAUAUAAUCGGUUUACCUGAAGUUUCAAAUAUUAAAAGAAAAGAAAAUAAAUUUUAUCAACAUCAUUUACCUAUUGAUGAUGGAAUUUAUGAUGGUACAAUAAAUGAAGAAUCAUUACGUGAAGGACAAGGUACAUAUAGUAUUAAUAAUGGAAAAGAGUAUUAUUCUGGUUCAUGGAAAGAUGAUAAACCUAAUGGAUAUGGUGUUCAUCUAAAAGAUCAUGGUUUAACUAUUUAUCAUUGUAUAUUUGAAGAAGGAACACUUAAAGAAGGUUAUGGAAAAGUACAGAUAUCUAAAGAAUAUGAAUAUAAAGGUGAAAGUUAUAAUGGAGAAUUUAAUGGUCUUGGAAGUUUAUCAAUUAAAAAAGAAGGAAAAACAGAAAUUGUUUAUAGGAAUGAUCUUGAAGAAUAUUAUAAAAAACAAUCUAAAGUUUUUUAUAAUACUUUACAAGAUAUAAUUUUAUUAAAUAAUGAAAAUCAACAAAAUCAAAAAAAAUAUUUUCAAAAUUUAAUUGAUUUAUUUGAAAAACGUCUUUCAAAUCUUAAUUUAUUAAAAGAAAUAACUACUAAUACCAUUCUACCUCCAGAAUUAAAAUUAUCAGCUGAUCUUUUAUAUAAUGUAGAUGAUAGUUAUACAAAAUUAAGUAAAUAUACAAUAAUAGAUACAAAAACAAAUUAUAAUAAUUGUAUUAAUGAGAUUUGUUUAAGAGGUUUAAAAGUUUAUGCUAGAAGAUUAGCUUGGUCUGAUGAUGAAAAUAAAAAUCAUUUUAUUUCUGAUAAAAAUAUUUUUGAUAAUAGUUUAAAUGAAUUUUUAACAAAAUUAGAAUUAUCUGAUUUAAAAAAAAUACUUUGUAUAAAUCCAUUUGUAGUUGAUUUAGUUAAAAAAUUAAUACAUUUUGCUAAUGGAAGAGCAAUUAAAAUCUUUUCUCAAUAUCGAACGUAUUUUAUUAAUAUUCAUAUAAAAUUUUUAGGGAUUUUAUGGAAUAAUUAUUUGAAAAAUUUAGAUUAUAAUAACAUUUCAAAUAAAUUUGAUUAUAAAAAUGAUGAAAAAUAUCAUCUUUAUUCAGAUUGUUAUUCAAAUUUAUUAGAACUUUCGUUAUUAAAUGAAUUUGAAAUUGAAAUAAAAUUGGAAGUACACGAUCAGAAUAGUUAUAUUUCAGUAAAAUGUAAUGAAGAAUAUGCUUAUCAUAAUACAUCGAAUGAUAAACAAUUAAAGAUAAUCAUCUUUGAUGGAGCAAUAGGUAAUAAAAAAUCUGAAGAAAUUUUUAAUAUAGAAGAACGUAAUAAUAUUCAUUUUGUUGUAGAAGACAUUAAUCCCAAUGAUAUCGUUGUUUAUAUCUUACCAUUUAAUGGUAAUAAAAGUUUAGAUAUUGAGAUUAUAAAGUUUUUUCACGAUUUAGGUAGUACUAAAAUUGAUAAGUUAAAAGAAAAUGAGACAUGGAUUUGUGUGAUAAGAAAAAGUGAUAACAAAAUCUAUGAAGAAAUCAGUUGUAAUUCUGAACAAAAGUUAUUAAUAAAAGAAAAGUUUCAAUUUAAGUUAGAAAAUGAAAAUACUUUAGGAGAUAAGAAAAUUAUCAAAAACGAUAUUGAAUCAAUUAUUUAUAAAGUAAUGAAAUUUUCUUUAGAUAAUUUUAAACCAUGGAUAAAUAUUGAAGUUAAGAUAUGGUCUGACUAUUUAAAAAUAUCUAUUGAUCAAGAUACUUCGAUUAAAAAAAUAGCAGAUCAAUUAUUAAUUAAAAUUUUACAAGAUUCCAAUCAAAUCUUUCCUCAUG